AUAAAGUCACGGCACACCGUUAACCAGGACACUGCUCCAUCCCUUCACACACCGGGGUGCGCUGGAGGACUCCAUCCAGAUGCAUGCUGCGUUAGAUUCAAGCGACGUGCGCUCUUGAGGAGGAGGGCAAAGCGCGCACUUGACGAGGCCAUGACUACCCAACUGACAGAAACGACCUCGGCACAAGGAACAGAAAGCUGUGUCUUCGCUGUUAAGACCACAAGACAUUGUUGUGGAUUGUGUUGCUAUUUAAUGCAAUGGGCUGUAUCCAGAGUAUCAGAUGUAAGCCCAAGAGUUUCCGCGAGAGUAUCAUCGUUCUAGAGGUGAACUCUAGCAUCGACUCCAACCCCACCAGCAUCGACGAGUCAUCCAGCGUGGUGCUGCGCUAUCGGACGCCGCACUUCCGAGCGUUUGCUCGCGUCCUCGUGCCACCUGUAUCCGGAAAAGAGACAUGGACCAUUGGAUGGAUUCAGGCAUGCAACUACAUGGAGUUCUUCAAUAAGUAUGGAAACAAAGGGAUGUCAAGUUGGGAGCUCCCUGACUUGCGUGAUGGCAAGAUCCAGGUCAUCAGCGACUCGGAUGGUGUUAACUACCCAUGGUAUGGUAACACAACUGAAACUUGCACCAUUGUAGGCCCUACCAAAAAGGAUAGCAAGUUCAAUGUUAGCAUGAACGACAACUUCUACCCCAGUGUGACUUGGGGUGUGCCGGUCAGUGACAGCAAUGUGCCUCAGCUCAGCAGCAUUCACCGUGACCAGAGCUUUACUACUUGGCUGGUGGCCAUAAACCAGACCACCUCAGAGACCUUGGUGCUGCAGACCAUCCACUGGAGGAUGCAGCUCCUCAUCCAUGUGGACCCAGAAAAGCCCCUGGGCCAAAGAGCUGUCCUGCGUGAGCCUGUGUCCCAGGAACAACCGCGGAUCCUGGGGAAGAAUGAGCCCAUCCCCCCAAAUGCCAUGCUCAAGCCUAAUGCCAAUGACGCCCAGGUGCUGAUGUGGCGGCCAAAGAUCGGUGAUCCCGUGGUGGUCAUCCCACCCAAAUACUGACCUGUUUGACUGACUGAUGACCCACCAGCUGACUGGCCUUGGAUACCUUGACAGUAUAGUCUUCUCUUUUUUUUCUCAUUUUUUGUCCCUUUUCACAACUCUCUCUCUCUUAUGCACUUGAUAACUUCCCUUUUUUUUCUUGCCCUAAUUUUUGCCUGUAUUCCCAGCUUUUCUGUAUUAUUUACAACACCUUUCAGUGUUUUAUGAACUGACAGAGAAACUAAUGGAGGAAAAGGCCAGGUGUUGUAUUAAAGGUGGGAACUGGAACAUUCUUUUGCAAACUGGAAGUGAAUAUAACUGCAACCAUUCUACCUUCAA